GAAGUAAUUAAAUACAAUCGGCCAGGUCGUCCAUCGCUUCUUAUUAAAUAUCCGCACCUACAUGACAAUAUUCAUGAAUCAGUUGAAUUUGGUUCAGCUGAUGAAAAACGGCGAAAAGAAGUGGUUAAAGUGCAGAUAAUAGAGAAUUUAUAUAAAAAUCUUGAAGAGAAUUAUGGCAUCUACAUAGCACGAACAACAUUAAAUAAUUACUUAUUACCUCGCCAGUCCAAUUCCAUUGCCACAAAGGCAUACCAUCAUCCAGCGUGGGUCUCGGUUGCUG